AGAAUUGUUAUAAGAUGGCAAAUAUGUCGUACGCCUUGAUCGUCUUUCUUAUACUAAUUCAAUUUUCGUGGGUAAAGUGUUACGAAAUAUUGAAUUGCGACGAUGAAAACAGUCAACAAGUAGAAGUAUCUGUCAAAAGCGUUGUACCAUAUCCAAUCAUUAGUGACGAGCCAUAUACUAUUUCGGGAACUCUGAAUUUUCUAAAAGACGUGCCGUGCAGUGCUUUAUCGCUUAUUACUGCGGUAAAAUCUGGCGAAGACAAGAGCAAAUGCGAUAAGAACAUGACAGUAUCUAUGCAGCAGGCUUUCGAAGUAAUGAAGAAAUGUGUGAAUGAUAAAAAUGCCAAAAUCUAUUGCAUCAAAGAUACGUCUGACUUUAGUAAGUUUGUGGCAAAUUCAAACAAGCCUCCUUGUAUUGAAGCGGGACCAAUAGAAGGCUGCAUCACUGUACCCCAAAUUUUUUCACCGGGAGUUUACGACUUUUAUGUGGAAUUACUAGUAACUACGCACCAGGUUAUAACUUGCUAUAAAAUUCAAGGAGUGGAAUUCAAAUAAAUACUAUAUUCUUGUUUCCACGAAUAAAGUAAGUUGACACUGCAAAAA